AUGCUUUACAGGGACGAAGAACUUCCAUCGUAUCGAGCAUCAAUUCUGCAAACGCAAUCACUCGACAUACCACAACGCAUCGAGAGGAAACUAGCUCGAUAUAAUGCAUCACAGAAUACUUCCAAGCGAUGGCUGUUCGAGAUUGUCAGCUGGGCCACGAGUGCCGCAUGUAUGGGCGCCAUUGUUGGAAGUUUGCUGCACUGUCAAGACCAGCCAUUGAUUCAGCGAUCUCUCGCACUCGCAACGUACAAUGUCCUAUCAAAGAUUACUUCCGCAGCUCUGAUUCCUCCUAUUUCAGAGGGCAUCGGAAAAUUGAAAUGGACAUGGUUUCAUGGUAGCGAAUCGAAAGAGAUGAUUGAUUUUGAGAUCUUCGACAAGGCAUCUCGAGGAGCCUGGGGAUCGUUCCUGCUUCUUUUUCGCACCAGAGGCCGAUCGCUCGCAGCGCUCGGUGCAAUCUUGUCAUUGCUCUUACUCGCAAGCGAUACCUUCUUCCAACAGGUGACGGACUAUCCAGAUCGAUGGGCCCUAGAGCAAGUCUCCAGUGCGAUAGCUUCAGUCGUUCGGUAUAAACCUGCGUACAUUCCUGAAUACUUCCAAGGCUGGCAAUCAUCGCAAUACGACACGAAUACCAUGUCAGUGGUGCAAAAAUAUCUGUAUGGCAACGGCACACACUUAGUGCAGUCUGGUAACUCGACAAGACCUGCAGUGCAUGUCGUGUCCAGCGAGUAA